CUAAAAGCUACAACUUAUCACUUACUUCUCGACUGUCGAUAAUAAUUUUUAAUAUUCACAUAAUAUCUACAUUCUAUCUUUGUCUGUUCUUUGAUAUUAUAUGACUUUAAGCACAAUUCAGGCCGAAGUUAGUAUCUCCCACUUUUCAAAGGCUCCAGUCUAAGUUUUUUUCAUUUUGGUUCACAUUUCUAGUGGCGUGAGAAAUUCUAGACUUACAAACAUCCACCAUACAGUGCUUGCAGUUAUUCAGCAUAAUGUUAAGAUCUUUAAUAUUAGCUAGAGGAAUACAUACAUCCAGUGCAAACUGGUCAUCUAGCAAAGCACAACUUUUAAAAUUAAGAAAGAAAACAGGAUAUCCAUUUGAAAGCUGUAAAAAGGCUUUACAAUUAAAUGAAAACAGUUUAGAAAAGUCAGAGGUAUGGUUAAAAGAAGAAGCUCAAAGGCUAGGUUGGGCAAAGGCUAAUAAACUUGCCAACCGUGCCACAGCCCAAGGAGUUAUUGCAUUUGCAAUUGAUAACCAAAAAGAAGUUGCUACUAUGGUGGAAGUGAAUUGUGAAACUGAUUUUGUGGCUCGUAACAAGUGUUUUCAUUCUGUUGUUGAAGUAGUCACUUCAUCUUGUUUAGAUUUUGCUAAACAACAAAAAGCCUUAGAAAAUUCAUUUUCUAAGGUAAAUUUAAAAAGUGGCGAUUUAAUGGAGUUAAGCGGUGCUGAAGGUAAAUCAUUGGCUGAUCAUGUUGCAGUUACAAUAGGUAAUCUUGGAGAAAAUGUUACUCUCAGACGUGCCACAUGUUUAAACACUAGAGACACUGGUUUGAAUAUUAUGGGUCUUACUCAUCCAUCAAAUACAACUGGAUCUCAAUUUCUUUCCGGUAAAUACGGAUCUCUUCUAAUUUAUCGUAAACAACAAGAUAGUGAAAAAAUUAAUCAAAGGUCUAUGGAGAGUUCUCAUGAUGAAAUUCUUCGCCAAAUGUGUCAACAUGUUAUUGGUAUGAAUCCAAAAAGUGUUGGAGUACUUAAUAUACAUGAACCUAUAAAAUCUCAAGAAGUGGUGCCUGCUAAAACAUUUAAUGAAAAUGAUGAUUCAUCCAUGGAUAGUAUAGAUGAAAAAAAUUCAGACUCUACAAUUGAAGAAGAUGGCAUGCUUGAACAAGCUUUUUUAUUGGAUCCAUCCAUAACUGUAGGACAAGUAGCAACCGAUUAUGGAAUUGAUGUACUAGAUUUUGUGCGUUACGAAUGUGGUGAAACAUAAUUACUACAUAUCUGUAAAUACAAUUAAUUUAAAUUUAAUUUUUAAUAAUCAUGUUCAACUGCAUUUUAUUAUAGUUUAAUAAUACUAGAAAUUAUAAAAUAAUGUUUUAUUUUUUA